ACGUCGUUUCAACAUCUCCAUAAAUGGUUCUUCUUUAAGAACAUACUAUCCGUUACAGGAAAGACAACUCUUCUUUUUUGUCUUUUUUUUUUCUUUAUUUUGGAUUAUUCAAAAUUCAAACAAAAACCUUUGCCACCUGGGAUUUCACUACUUAAACCUCCUUACUCGCUCCUCCCCAAGUUUUCCAUUUAUAUACUUUUUGUUAUUUUCUCAAUCUCACUUCAGUUCUUGAUCUUCUUCUUCCUUUCUCCAUUGAAAAAAAAAAAAAAACAAAUCUCUUGUUUGUUUUAUGAUUUUGAGAAACAACCCAGAUUAAGGAAACAAGUGUUGGGUAUAUAAUGGGUUCUUCAGGAAAGUGGAUUAAAUCAUUGAUUCCCCUCAAAAAGUCUCAACCUUGUGAUCAUGAGAAGGGGAGUGGGAAAAGCAGGAAAUGGAAGCUGUGGAGGACUUCAUCAGGAGGUUUAUCAAUGAUGUCUUCCAAGGGUCUCAAAAAGUCUGGAAGAACGGCGGAAUCUGAGUGUUCUGAAUCUUCUUAUGGUGGCGCUUUUGAAGGCCCAAUGGCCGCCGCGGUGGCUGCUGUUGUCAGGGCUCCACAUAAGGAUUUUGCAUUGCUCAGGCGAGAAUGGGCUGCCACUCGAAUCCAAACCGUGUUUAGAGCUUUUCUGGCAAAACGUGCUUUUAGGGCCUUAAAAGCAGUGGUCAGGCUGCAGGCCAUAUUUCGUGGUAGACGUGUCAGAAAGCAAGCUGCUGUGACAUUAAGGUGUAUGCAAGCAUUAGUCCGAGUUCAAGCUCGAGUUAGAGCUAAUUCCGUUCAAGCUUCUCAAGACAGCCAGACUCUAAAUGGUGGAUACAAUGGCAAAACUGAUCCAAUCAAAGAGGCAGAGAAUGGAUGGUGUGAUAGUCGUGGCACAGUACAUGAAGUAAGAUCCAAGUUGCAAAUGAAGCAAGAGGGUGCUGCCAAAAGGGAAAGGGCAAUUGCAUAUGCUGAUGCUCAACAGCAAUUGAGGCGAAAGGCUAUGCCAAACAAGGGUAAUGCAAACAAGCGAAAUCCAGAACUCAGCUGGUUGGAUAGUUGGAUGGCAACUAAGCCAUGGGAGAGUAGACUGAUGGAAGAAUUCCAGACCAGCUCAUUAGACAUGACUCCAACUUCAUCAAAAUAUGAGCGUGACAGUAUUACUGGGGGAUCACUUUCCAAUUCAUCAGAACAUGGCUCAGUGCAAGUUAGACGAAACAACAUUUCUACCAGAGUUUCUGCACGACCUUCUACUACAGGCAGGCUUGCUCGCGCAUCCUCAGAUCCAAUUUCUGACUCUUUAUAUGAUGAGAGCACGUCGACUUCAUCAUUGUCAACUUCUGAAACUCAGGAUUCAAACAAGACCCCAGUAGAAGGAUACCGUGCGAAAAAGCCUAGCUUCAUGAAAGCUACUGAAUCCAUUAAGGCUAAGCAGAGAGUUCCGGCUUCGCCUUUCCAUCAAUCUCAUAGUACGCAAUGGCGUUCUGUUGAUAGUCCACAGUUUCUCCAGAAACCGAGCUCAUUUUCUGGGAGUUUAAAUAGAAGAAGUGCUGAUACAGACCUUUAUUCAGUCCACUUGUGCAAGGAUCUGUAUCCACCAACUCAUCUCGACAAACAAAGUUCUUCCUGAAGUUAGAUUAAGCGGAAGACAAAGUAAUGAAGUUAGGAGACUCCAUUUGAGGACGAAAAAAGAAGGGAGCAUCAGAUUGGCAGAGAUGCACUAGAACAAGUUCAACAGCUCGUUGUCGCGAUUUUUGGCACGCUUGAAAGAAUUCUUGUUAUAGUUUUUAGUUAUCAAAACUUAGGGCAACAUUAUACAUGAGCAUAGAAUACAUAGGAAAAAUGUACAUUUGGGUGCUUAUUUUCUUGCUGUUUUUCGAGUGUUUUCUUUCUUUGUUUUUAGAUUCAAACAUUGUGAAUGAGACUGCAUUUGUGUUUGGUGUGAGGAUUUAACACCCCUUUGACAGUACUCCUUAGUUCUCUUGCAUUCUUCGUGUCAACCAAAGAAAUGAAAGGUGUGCUUAUGGAUUUGUCUUUGUUGCUGAUUUAUCAAACUGUGAG